UAUCUGCCUCAUCCUACGGUGGCUUACCUACAGUGCAAUUGUUGGGGAUCACCUAAGAAAAAGUUUUCGAAACUAAAAAUUAUAUGGUUUUAGGUGUGCCGAAUUCAUAUACAAAAUAUGCAACCUAGGGUAUAAUUCAGGGACGACCACGAUGAGGAUGAUACCUUUUCCCACUGUUUUUGAAUGUUAAAAUACCACCCAAGUGACACGAACAUCCCGCUCAUACCAGAGUCUCAGCUUCAGGCUAGAGGACGAGCCUUUUGCUUUGCUACUGGCAAAAUAGCUGAUACCAGCCAAAAUUGAAGGAAAAAAUGCAGUUUUGCUAGGAUCUGCAUUCUUUUCUAACUACAGUCCCAAAGGUUUUCCCAUCAAUGCUGUGUGUUGUCCAGAACUUGGGACAUGUGAUGCAAAGUAUAAUACAGUUCACAGCAUGAUACCCAGCAAACAUAAAUCAUUUCAGAAAUUGAAAACAUUUUAUAUAUGAUUGUGGUUUCUCUCUUCCAGAUGGCUGGGCAGUAGAUAUUAGAACCCACACCAAAAGCACAAACGGAGUACCUUCUGACCUGGGAGUCAAUCUUAGUGCCAUGGAAAAUUCUGAGCAAGAUCCAUACUAGAGAAUAUCUCUGAAAGUUUAAUUCUCAACAAUGCAGCAAGGAUACUGGUUUCCUCUAGCCAAGGAGCAUGGACCCAAACAGGUUCUUGAGGAGACGGCACUACCACCUUUGAGUAGAUUAUCUAGACCAGGCAUUUAGAGCACAUUCACUUAAUUAAGUUCAAGAGCAGAUAGUAAACAAGUAAAUAUGGGAAAUAGACGGCAAGCACAUUGGAUUGAAGCAUUGGAUCGGGUGUCAAAAACAAGAAACAUAAAUGCGAGGGGAGUAAGAAGUUGCAUUGCGGAAUCCCUUUCAUGUGGACCUCCUGAAUGGGCCAGGGAGAUGCUUGUAUCGGCACUUGGAAAAGAUGUUUCUAACGCUAAGGAAGUCAUCUCAACACUUUUGGCACGUUGUUCUGAGGCAGCAGAACCUUGUAAUAAGAAUGCAGAGAUAAAAGAACGAAACAAGAAAAAUAAUGGUAUAUCUGAAAGUCUUCUCAACAGGAUGGACAUUGAUCAAACAAAGAUUUGUUUUCCAGAAUCAGUUACUGAUUGCUGCCGCAAUGCAUUCCGUGAGAUCACUAUGAAAGACAAAUUUGGAGAACUUUUUAACCUGGUCCAGAACAAACAAAAAGAGAUGUUAGACUUCAACCUUAUUGAUAUAAGGUUGAAUAUGGGGACAUAUGGAAAAGCACCAGAGCUUUUUGCAUCAGAUAUGCAAAAGAUGUGGGAGAAUGUACGUGCAGUGGGUCAAAAGAUCAUUCUACUGGCAAACUCGCUUUCAGAAUAUUCAGAUGCUGCCUACCAGAAAGAGGUAGCUACUUUGUUUGGGGAAAAAGCUGGAGACAAGGAUCUUGUUGAUGGCUCUGAAAACAUGAAAGUGGGAUCAGACACCGAAGAGCAUCUACACGAACCUCUUCACAAUUUGAACCAGCAUCAUCUGUCUGAGGCUAACAACCAGCUGGGGUGUAAUACCAGGGCUGAAGAACAUAAUACUGCUAGCAAUUUGUGUAAUUUGAAUGAAAAUGGGCAGAAUGGGAGGUUAAAUGGAGGACUGGAGGCUGAAAAUACAUCUCCCAACGAAGAUAUUGCAUCCAAGGAUGUGGAUAGUAAAGCUCAGUGUGUAUCAAAUAAACAGUGUGAUAGUUCAGAAUUAUCAGCCCAAAACCGUGUUUGUAGAUCUUGUGGUGCUAAUGAGCGUGAUAAUUUUAUUGUACUCUGUGAUGCAUGCAAAGCAGCUUAUCAUAUAUAUUGCAUUUCUCCUGCCCUUGAGCACGUUCCAAGUGAAGGUUGGUACUGUGCUUCUUGUGUUGUGUCAGGAAAAGGCAAUGGGUCUGUACCAAAAUAUAAUGGGAUUGAGGGACACCAUUGUAUAGUUUGUGAACGACUCAGUAAGGAGUUGGAACCAGAGAAUAGUGGAGUUGCUGAAUUUCAUACCGGUGGAGGGCAUAUGGGAACUUAUUGUGAUCGAAAUGUGGCAUGUUCGCAUGGUAAUAAAGGUGGUGUUGAUAUAAACCAAGGUGAAGGUGCAGGCAGAGAAGAUACAGAAGUCCAUGCCAGUACAGAAGAGGAGAAGCUACAUAGUAAUGAACCACUGCCUAAGGUUUGCAAAGUAUGUUCUUCUGGAGAGAGAGACAGUGACAAUCUUAUAGAAUGUGCCAAUACUAAUUGUCUUUUCAAAUAUUUUCAUUUAAGCUGCUUAAAACCUCCACUAAAAUGUAAUCCUCCUGCAAAUUGGUAUUGUCCAUCGUGUAUAUGUAUGAUUUGCAAAAUUGAUGAAAAUGAUGAUCAAAUUGUCCUCUGUGAUGGAUGUGAUGAUGGUUAUCACAUAUAUUGUGUAAAGCCACGACUUUCUGCAAUUCCAAAGCGUAACUGGUACUGCUCAUCUUGUCGUAAAAUGAAAAGGCGGAGGAGAACAAACAAAGAGAGAUAUCCAAAAGGAAAUGCUUCAACUGAAGGAUUACAAGGGUCAAAUCCAUCUAUGAUUGGCAAUACGCCAUCGGGAAUAGGCAGAGGAGUGCACAAUUCUCAGGAACGAGAACUGCACAUAUCCAUUCCGCAAGACCAAUUACAGGCCACUCAGUUAGGGAGUACAUAUUCUAUUGCUCCAGAGGAGCCUGGAGUUAAUUCUGAUGAAAAUUUUGGUUCAAAAGAUGAUUUCCGCAUAUCUUUCAGGACAAGGAAUACACCUGAAUCUGAAGAAGGUGCAGAAUCAAAAGAAUCUGGGAAGAGGAAGAGAAAAUCUUCAGAACCUAGAAAAUCUGAAGGACAAGAAGAGAUGGGCAGGGGUUGAUAUAAUUUUAUUAAAGUGAAUGUAUUAAACUAUUAUAUUUGUCAAAUACAUAAAUUUUACAAAUUCUCUUUCUGUAUCAUUGUAUAAGUUAAUCUAUUAUUUACUGUUUUGUCUUUAUACACUAGGAGCAUUUGAGUUGUUCUAGAAGUUAAAAUGUUGUAAGAGUGAAACAGGCUUAUUACAUACUCUAUAAGACUUGGACUCAAUUGAGUUCCGCUCGUGAUCAUUUAGGACACAACAUGCUUUUACAGUUUCAUUUGAAAGUACCAGUAAGCCUUUCAUGUUUCUCA